UGAUGGGAUUUAUGUGGUAAAUAACACUGAAGUAAGACUGAAACAAGAGGAAUACACUGUACUGAGGCUGUAGCGAUGUGUCGACUAGUUUAUUUCACUUUCAUUGUGUUUCUAGCUUUGUUAGAAGGGCAUGUUCAGGGUAGAAGAACUCAGAGGAGCAUUGAUAGACCAUUUGCGUCAGUGUUAACUGUGGAUAAUGGACAACGCUGGGGAACAUGGGGCCUUAAAGAAAUGUGUCCGGCUGGUUUCUACGCUGCAGGGUUCAGCCUAAAGGUUGCAGGUUAUUGGGAAUCUCUGCUCGUUGGUGAUAACACUGCACUUAACGGAAUUCGCCUUCAUUGUGUUAACUCAGCUCAAGGCACAUCAGCACCCUACACUGACUACGCCACGGUACAAUCAGACACUGCAAGCUGGGGUUCAUGGACAGAUAUUAAGUGGUGUAAAUCUGGAAUGCUGGAGAGUUUUCAGCUACGUGUAGAACCUUUCCAAGGAGUCUGGGACGAUACGGCAGCAAAUAAUAUCAAGUUUAAAUGCAGUGGAUCUAGUGAGGAGAUUAAAGGUUCUGGGACGUCAUGGGGUGACUGGGGCUCCUGGAGUCACACCUGUUCAGGAAAGGGCAUCUGUGGCAUCCAGACAAUUGUGGAGGAACCACGAGGGUUGGCAGAUGACACGGCUCUUAAUGACGUGCGAUUCUAUUGCUGUGAUUAAGGGACUGAUGACUUUUCCUGUAAACCGACGUGUACUGAAAUAAAACUGAAAGUAAAAACCUGAAAAUCGAACCAACUGUACCAACUACACAUGGCCCUGCUUUAUUCCCCAUGUAUAUGUUUUUAAACAUGCAAUAAAGCUAUAAAUGUAUGUUUAUCUAUAACCUCCCAUUAAUUAAGGCUUUCUUGACCAACAUUAGUUCCCAGCCAUACAAAUGCUGUAAUCUUUUGACUGAAUGGGCACAAAUUCCCACAGACAUACUUCAGUCUUGUAAGUUUUGUAAGAGGAUUUCUCAGAAUAGUGAUUGUAAAAAUCACACAGAGGUCACUCUAUUUUAAUACCAUUUGUUUUUGAAAUAGGAUGACAAGCUCAUGAUCAGGUGUCCAAAUACUGCCAUAUAGUGCAUUUAAACAAUUACGUUGGCCUUAAUUUUGGAUUUGCAUUUCAUGAUUUGUGGUAAUUUUUACUAAUAAUUUAUAAUUCAUAUAUGUACCCAUAUGUUCCACAAAAGUAUUCAGUGGUGGAACAGUUUUAGUUUCAAUUCUCAAACAGUUUUUUAUGGUGUCUGGGUGUGUGUGUGUGGGUGUGUUGAUAUGCUUAAUAAAAAACUACAAUAAAGUAA